AUGGACCCAGCAUUUUUGCAAUAUGUAACAAAACUAGGAAUCAAUCCAAACGAUCCAAGAAAUCUAGAAAAACUUGGUGAUGCAUACAAAAUCUUUAUGUCUAAUGAUAGUAAUAGGAACAGUGUAAAGGAAAAGGCGGUGCAAGCGAUUCGUUUGCGGCCUAAUGAAAAAGAACCAUAUGUUGCACUUGCAACGGUACUCCAACCUGGUGAAACAGUGAAGCUGCACACCGGACAAGUAGUGGAUGCCAAGCUAAUGUAUGUCAAGGUUGUAGAGAUGGAUCCAAGCAGUUUGAAUCCAUUAAUUAAACUCUAUGAGAGCAUGACACCCUACGAAAUUGUAACAAUCAAUGGCAAGAGGCUAUCAAAGAUGCAUAUCAUAGCGAAAUGCGUAGAGUUGAACCCAAACGAAGCGGAUUUCUAUGCGGCUUUGGCAUUCUACUUGCAAGACACAAACAACGAUGAUGGAUAUGUAACACUAAACAAUGGAAAGACAAUGAAUAUCAAUCAACUGCUAUUGCAAAUCAUUCACCUCAGUCCCAAGCAAGCAAAAAGACCUGUAUCUUCACACGAUAAAGCUGAAGGGAAACUUCAAAGAUGCUCACACCAACCUGGCGAGAUCGAUGGACAGCAACGAAACGGUAACGCUUCCCAACAGCUAUUACAACUCACCGGUGAACUCCCGACAAAUCUAUAUGCAUGCACUCAAAGCCAAUCCAGAGGACGACUACGCCUACGUAAGUCUGAUAACAGCAAUGGAAAAUGA